GCAGUGCAUUUCACACAUGAGAUCCACAGUGGACAGCGCCGAGGAACCCAAGCUGCGAAAGUCCACCUUGCUCCGAAUCUCCUCCUCCAGGUUGUUGCCUCUUCAACAAAGCAAACCUGCGGAGAAUCGUCACCACUCUCCCUCACAGACAUCAUGCUUUCGUCGCUCCGAAUUGCGUCGCGGCGGGCGGCCGUGGCCCGCAAUUUCUCGGCAGUGCGCGCUGCCUCCACGUGGGCCAACGUUCCUCAAGGUCCUCCUGCCAUUCUCGGCAUCACGGAAGCCUUCAAGGCCGACCCGUUCGAAAAGAAGAUCAACCUUGGUGUCGGCGCCUACCGCGAUGACAAGGGCAAGCCGUACGUGCUGCCGUCUGUGCGCAAGGCCGAGGAGAAGGUGAUCGCGUCGCGCCUGAACAAGGAGUAUGCCGGCAUCACGGGCGUGCCCGAGUUCACCAAGGCCGCUGCCGUGCUCGCCUACGGCAAGGACAGCUCGGCCCUCGACCGUUUGGCAAUCACCCAGUCCAUCUCGGGCACCGGCGCUCUGCGCAUCGGCGCCGCCUUCCUCUCCCGCUUCUACCCGGGUGCCAAGACCAUCUACAUCCCGACCCCGUCGUGGGCCAACCAUGCCGCCGUCUUCAAGGACUCGGGCCUCCAGGUCGAGAAGUAUGCCUACUACAACAAGGACACCAUCCGCCUCGACUUUGAGGGCAUGAUUGCCGACAUCAACAAGGCCCCCAACGGCAGCAUCUUCCUGUUCCACGCCUGCGCCCACAACCCCACCGGUGUCGACCCUACCCAGGAGCAGUGGAAGGAGAUCGAGGCCGCCGUCAAGGCCAAGGGCCACUUCGCCUUCUUCGACAUGGCCUACCAGGGCUUCGCCAGCGGCGACAUCCACCGGGACGCCUUCGCGGUGCGCUAUUUCGUCGAGAAGGGCCACAACAUCUGCCUGGCCCAGUCCUUCGCCAAGAACAUGGGCCUGUACGGCGAGCGCACCGGCGCCUUCUCCAUUGUGUGCGCCGACGCCGAGGAGCGCAAGCGCGUUGACUCGCAGAUCAAGAUCCUGGUGCGCCCCAUGUACUCGAACCCGCCCAUCCACGGCGCCCGCAUCGCCGCCGAGAUCCUCAACACCCCCGAGCUGUACGACCAGUGGCUCGUCGAGGUCAAGGAGAUGGCCAACCGCAUCAUCACCAUGCGUGCCCUGCUCAAGGAGAACCUCGAGAAGCUCGGCUCUAAGCACGACUGGAGCCACAUUACCAGCCAGAUCGGCAUGUUCGCCUACACCGGCCUGACCCCGGAACAGAUGGAGAAGUUGGCCAAGGAGCACAGCGUCUACGCCACCCGUGACGGCCGCAUCUCGGUUGCCGGCAUCACCACCGACAACGUCGGCCGCCUGGCCGAGGCCAUCUUCAAGGUCAAGGGCUAAGUUGCUUGUUCCUUGACGAGAAACAAAAGGAGCGGGCGAGGAGUUGGGGUAAUGGCUGAAUGAACGGUUGGCUGACUGGGUUUCCUGUAUUUGACUUGAUCCAUUUCCACCCACCCCCUCCCCCCACCCCCGGGUGUUGUAUCUCAUGGACGUCUCGCAUCAUUAGACUGUACCCCUAUCUAGAGACCGUUGAUACAAGGGUGUAUGUCGGCUAGGUGGUCAUUGUUUGUACAGGACCAGAAAAGUUUCCCUCUUUCUUGUCAACGGGUACAGAAGAAAGGAUAGAGGAAGAAUGUGUAAAACCUUGCUUUCA